AGCAUGGCUAACAAAAUAUUUAGUAAUUAUUGUAAUCAAUAUUUCAGAGAAUGAAGGCAGUUUAUUGUAUCUAUAAGAUCCUUUUUGAUGGUAGUGGGAGAUAUUCAUGGGUAUUUUAUUUAAAUUGAUAAGUAGGCAAAUUUAUGAUUUCUUAAAAUUUUAGAUGUAGGUGGCAAUCCUGAAACACAGAAAUAUGAAUUUCUUGGAGAUUAUGUCAAUAGAGGACCAUUUUCAGUUGAAGUUGUAAUUUUACUCUAUUCACUUAAACUUAAUUAUCCUCGAACAUUAUACAUGCUUAGAGGUAAUCACGAAUGUAGAUAAUUAACAUCAUUUUUUAAUUUCAUGGAUGAAUGCAAUAAGUAUGAUUAAGAACUGUAUGAAUUAUUCAUGGAUUCUUUUGAUAAUCUUCUAUUAGCUUGCAUUAUAAAUAGUUUAUUUAUAACUUUACAUGGAAGCAUCUCUCUAGAAUUAAGAAAUGCAAUAUUUUUAUCAAUUUUAUGUGAGUGAUGUAAAUUUGAUCAAAGAAUGGAAUCUUUUGUCAUAUUUUUUGGGCAGAUCCAAGAGAUAAUGAUGAU